UAGAGCGGGGAAUUGGCCCUUUUCACCCCCCCCGAGUGUGGACGAGCCGCCCGGGGUGUGGCACUAGCAGACAGAGGUGUAGGAAGGUCGACUGCUAGCGUUGGGAGGUGUAGAGGAGGGUCCUAAAGGGGUGUUGUAUGGGGACACCUCCGGCCAGCAGGUUAUCAUGGGCUGUGACUUGCCUUAGGACUACGCAUGCUUAUACGAGACUGAGCUCAUGUCGGCCCCCGGGGAAGGGAAGGCAGGGCAUGGCGGCGGCGGCGGCGGAGGAGGAGGCCUGGGGGGCCCCGGGGGAGACGGGCGGCUCCUCGUCACGGAGAUCCGACACCACAACUUUGACGCCAUCCGCUUCGCCUCCUACAGGACCGCCGCCAAGCUGCGCUUCGUCCAGAAGAAGACCAACAUGCACCUGGUAGACAUCUGGAACAUCAUAGAAGCAUUUCGGGAAAAUGGAUUGAAUACUUUAGAGCCUUCUACAGAGGUCAAAGUUUCACGACUGGAGACUCUCAUCUCUACGCUGUACCACAGUCUCAACAAGCGGCUUCCAGUAGGGCAACACAUAGUCAUUGAUUCCUCGACUUCUGUUCUUCUGAACUGGCUUUUGUCUGCUUAUGACAAGGAAAAUGAGGGAAAGCUAAGAGUUUUUAGCGUAAAGGUAGCAUUGGCAACACUGUGUAAUAGCAAACCCCUCGACAAGCUCAGGUAUGUGUUCUCUCAGAUAUCGGACAGCAACGGACAUCUUGCACUUACUCGCUUUUCAGAGUAUUUGCAGGAGGUCCUUGCUCUACCUGCAGCUGUAUUUGAAUCUCCAAGCUUUGCCUACUCUGACAAUUUAGCAACACACAUUUUUGAUGGGGUGAAACGCAUCAAUGUUAAUGACUUCUUAGAGGUGGUUCUCGAAGAUCCUGGGCCCGAAUGUCUGGCCUGGCUGCCUCUCCUGCAUCGUCUUGCAGCGUCUGAGUCAGUUAUUCAUCAGACCAUGUGUGAUGGCUGCAGACGGGAAAACUUCUCUGGACUGCGCUAUAAAUGCGAAAAGUGCCAUAACUACAGCAUGUGUCAAGAAUGCUUUUGGCUGGGAAGGUUCUCGCCCCCUCACUCCAUUCACCAUCAAGUCAAGGAGUACACAGCUUUUACUCCAACGCGGCACUCUUUUCGGCGCAGUCUGAAGUGUGUUCCUGACAGACCUUCUGUAGACAGACCGAGAUUUCCAGAAAUGCCAGAGAAGACACUAAAUCUUUCUCAUAUUGUGCCCCCUUCACCUCUUCCGUCACACAAUGGCUUUGAGGGGGGAGCCUCAGCACCGAUACCUACCUCCUUAGAAAGUCGGUCUUCCAGUAGAAGUUGUGUCAGCAGCUUGCCAGACUGGAGUCAGUUGGAUGAGGAGCAUCGACUUAUUGCUCACUAUGCUGCUCGUCUUGCUAACCAGACCUCCCUUUCUGGAAGUGAAAGUGUGGACUCAAGUCCUGGCUUUGAUGCGUCUUCUGCUCAGCGAGAUCUGAUCUUGUCCCUGGAAGCAAAGAAUAGGGAAAUUAUGAAGGAAAUUAAUAUUCUAAGGAACAGAGUGUAUGUUUGCAGGCAGCAGCAGGAAAGAGCUGAGGGCAGCAGUAACCCUACAUUGGUGGCAGAGCUUCGUGCUUUGCGGUCUCAUCGGCAUGAGCUGGAGUCUAACUUGUCUUAUCUGCAAGAUUCACGCAAGCAGUUGAUGCAGCAACUUGAGGGGCUUAUGAAGAUGCUCAAAAACCGCCAGACCUCACCCACUACCCCCAAUGGCUCCCCCAAGUCUCCUCCUCUCUCCUCGGGGGGAACAGUGGGUAGUGGCAGCAUUAUGACUCACCUGCCUGGGGGCACUCAGGGGUCCACGUCUUCCUCCCGCUCAGCACCCCCCACACCCUCACACACGCCGCAGGUUUCCACACUUGACUCCCUUUCCUCAUUACAUGUGGAUGGACUUCAGUCGGCUGUGUCUUCAGUUUUCUCAAGUGCAGGUUCAAGCUGCACUCCAGACAAUUCUCCAGAUGAUGAUGAUAGUUUGGCCUCUCGCAGCUUAAGAAAUGAUCUCCUGGUAGCAGCUGAUUCAGUCACCAAUGCAAUGUCUAGCCUUGUAAGGGAGUUGAACUCAGAAAGCUCGGAUGAUGACUCCCUUCUUACCAGAAACCUACCUAAUCGAGACUAUGACUUUAAGGGUCUUUAUGAAAGCCCAGCUUGGCGUGGCCUGAACGAGAGAGGGUAUAAUGAGGAGGACGGGGCUUUGCCUCGCCUCCAUGAGCGUAAGCCUAGCGGGGAUUUGCACUUCUCUAGCACACAGGGGGGACAAGGAAGUCAAAGCAAGCGGAGAAGCAGCUUAGGAGCCAACGAACAAAGGAAUGGAUCACACAGGCGAGAAGGAGACACACCUGAUUGGGAGGAGGAAAGGGCAGCAUGGGUCAACAGGUAGAUAAGAACACAGACGGGAAAGCUGCUCACAGAAACUGGUGCCAAGCUAAGAGCGCCAGCCUGGUUUUCCAGAGAGGAAGUGAUUCUCAAGGGCUGAUUUGAUGAUAGACGAACAUGUAUUAGCUGUCAUCCAGUCAGACUCUUACAACUCAGUCACUACAGUGCUCAUCAUCUAUCCUAUGCCACCAAACACAUACCUUUAUUCUCAUAAGUAUCAUGUUGUAACUAUGAUCACAUGUAGAAGGGUUAUUAUCUUCUGAAGGUGUCACAAAUAAUAUAAGCUGACUGUUCUAUGGUCUGCUCAGUAUGUUGUUUACCAGAUCUGAAACCUAAUAACUGUAUAAUCUGCAGGUAUAACGUUCCAGUAGACGUUUGUGUCUCAAUCCAAAACUUAACUGUUAAUGAUCAUUAGUUAACAUGAGGGAAAGAAGAAGUGAUACCUGAGCUGAAACAAAACGAUAUUGGCAUCAAAUUAUAAGAAAAGUAUGCAUGAUCCAUUGUUCCUUAUUUGGUAGACAGUUACAUUCCUAAUAGAGUGCUGAAUGAAACAUGUUAUUUAGAAAGGGGAGCCAUAUGAUUUCAGAAAACUGUAACCAUAUUAAGAAAAUGGUAUAUUCACAAGUACUAGGCUGUGACACAUAUGGCUUUGAAAUUUUUGUCACCUAGAAAACUACCAAAUGAGUUUAGCAUAUCAGAGGCUUAAAAUGUUUUCUUGUGUUUUACAGUGUUUGUGCAUAUUUAUGUUCAUACUUUGUAAAUUUUGAAUUUUCACACACUCACAUGCUUCCAUGGACUCAGUUGCUUCCAUACACUCACAUGCUUCCACACACUCACAUG